AUGUCUAUAAAUCCCUCCCUUCAUCUCGCCGAAUACCUGGAGAGGCUGCCUGGUACAACGUUCAAGAAGUUGUACCAGCAGCCCUCGACGACGUUUGCAAUCUUCCGGCGCAUGCUGCCUCACCUGGCAAAAACAUUCGUUAUGAGAAUGCUUUUCCUGCCUCACCCGAUGGCUCUCACGGAUCUAGACACAUGGGUGAAGCCGGAAGCCAAACGGAAGAAAGACCAGUCCCUCUCCAUCUUGCGAAGCCUUCACAUUGUCCAGAUAUCAGCCCCGUCAAAAGAGAAACCGCAGGAGAUUCAGCUCAUGUCAAAUUUCAAGAAAUCUCUACGACUAGCCCUCACAGGAGGCGGAAACCACAACUCGUUUGGCGUGCCUUCUUCGCUACUCGUACCGCCCGAAAUUGACUUGGCGUUCCUCGAUCGAUACGCGCGUAAGAAGUGGGAGGAUGUGCUGCAUUUCGUCGUAUCUAGUGUCGGUUACAAAAGCAGCUUAGGCGACGGAUCUGGGCCCAACAAGGGCGUCAAGGAGCUUCUCAUUGCAGGGCGGUUGGUCGACAGGCGGCCGAAUGGAAGUUUAGGCAUCACCCAGGCGGGCUUCACCUUUUUACUGCAGGAGGCAAACGCGCAAGUUUGGACACUACUUUUGCUAUGGCUGGAGGUUCUGGGCAAUAACAAGAGCUCGGGGCUGGAUCCCGUCGACAUGCUUUCGUUCCUGUUCAUGCUGGCGAGCUUGGAGCUGGGGCGGGCCUACGAUACGAAUGCGCUGACUGAAGAGCGACGGAAUAUGCUUCCAUCUCUCGUUGAUUUCGGCCUCAUCUACAUCCCCCAACAUAAGCGCUCCAUGUUCUUCCCAACCCGACUGGCAACAACCCUUACCAGUGGAGGAAACAGCCUGCGGACAAUCAGCGAGGGCGUCACAGCUGCUACUCAGUCCGCCCAGACCUCGCAGCAGUCCCUCGGCCCUCUGGGCGGCGGCGGCGAGCAGCAGGCUGGGAGCGUCGUUAUCGAGACCAACUACCGUCUCUAUGCAUAUACCCAAUCUGCCCUCCAAAUUGCAGUCCUCGCCCUCUUCGCCAAGCUCAACAUGCGAUUCCCCGACAUGGUGGCCGGCCGCCUCUCCCGCGCAUCUAUCCGCCAGGCCAUUAACUUUGGCAUUACUGCCGACCAAAUCAUAUCCUACCUUGCCGUCCACGCCCACGAGCAGAUGCACCGCACUGCUGCGUUGACCAACAAGCCCGUCUUGCCCCCCACCGUAGUCGACCAGAUCCGCUUGUGGCAGCUCGAAAACGAGCGGAUGAAGACGACGAGUGGGUUCCUGUUUCGGGACUUCACCGAUGACAAGGAUUACCUCGAUACCGCGCGUUUCUCAGAAGAAAUUGGGGUGCUGGUCUGGAAAAAUGACCAUGCACGGAUGUUCUUUGCCAAUAAGCAUGAGCAAAUUAAAGAUUUUUUGAAGACGAGGAAGAGAGCGGAAUGA